GCGGUGUGGAGGCCGUUGUGGGCGUUGUGGAGGGCGUUGUGCGCGCGCGGAGGACGUGUCGGCGGGGCGCACGUGCUCACGCGCUCGCCCAAUCGGGCAGGUCGAAUUUUGAGUGUGGCCGUCCUCAAAAGCAGCCUGCUCGUCGCCGCAUCCCCUCGCAUCCAAAAUGGCGGAAUACGACCUCACGAGAACCAUCAUCCCCCACUGCGACAGGCAUCUCGUGUUUCCCCUCCUCACACACAUCGUCGAAAACGAGCUCUUCCCCGCAGAGCAGGUCCAGAAGGCCCAGUAUGAGCUCGCGAAGGAGACCAACAUGGUCGACUAUGCAGUCAGUCUGUUCGAGCAGCUUUACCCAGACGAGGCCGUGCCAGACGAAUUCGCGGGCAAGCGCGAGAACGCUCUCUCGACCAACGAACGCCUCCAGCAAGACGCACAGGCUGUCCUCGAUGUCAUCACGAACCCUGAGGUAGCGCAGUCGCUGCGCCAGGACAAGAACCAGAACUUGCAAUACCUCAAGGAGCAUUACAAUGUCACCCUCGAGCAAAUCAACGCCCUCUACAACUUCGGGCAAUUCCAAUAUAGCUAUGGAAACUACAGUGGCGCGGCCGACUACCUCUACCACUUCCGCGUCCUCUCCACCGACCCCGACCUCACCAUGUCUGCUCACUGGGGCAAACUAGCGUCCGAUAUCCUCACAGGAAAAUGGGACGUCGCGCUCGAGGAGCUCAACACUCUACGCGAGGCGAUCGACUCGCGGUCGCCUUCUGUACCUCAGUUCGCCUCCGCGCCGUCGUCUAGCAUCACCGAUCCCGCGCUCACCCAGCUUCAUUCGCGAACGUGGCUCCUCCACUGGUCCCUCUUCGUCUACUUCAACCACCCGGAGGGACGCACCCUCCUCCUCGAGACCUUCCUCUCCCCUACCUACCUUAACACGAUCCAAACCUCCUGCCCGUGGAUCCUCCGCUAUCUUGCCGCCGCCGCCGUCCUCUCGCGCAAGUCGAGUACCGGAGCCCUCUCCUCGCGUGUGCGGCACUCGAUUCGGGAAAUCGUCAAAGUCAUCCAGAUGGAGGAGUACCAAUACCAGGAUCCGACCACGAACUUCCUCAAGGAGCUCUACGUCGAGUUCGACUUCGAGGCUGCGCAGAAGGAGCUGGGGCGCGCGGAGCACGUCGUUGGCAACGACUUCUUCCUCACCGAGUUCAGGGAUGACUUCAUGGACAACGCACGGUACCUCAUCAGCGAGGCAUACUGCCGUAUCCACCAGAGGAUAGACAUCGCCGAUCUGUCUGAGAGGCUCAAUCUCUCGAAGGAGGACGGUGAGAAAUGGAUCGUCAACCUUAUCCGCGAGACACGUAUGGGUGCCGAUGCUAAAAUUGAUCUCGAGAAGAAUGUCAUUGAGAUUCACCGUCCGGCACUUCCUGUUUAUCAAUCCAUCAUUGAGAAAACUCGCGGCCUUGCAUUCCGCACGCAAGCCCUCGGUGCUGCGAUGACACGGGCACAACAGGCACCACCAGCAACAGAAGUGCUUCCGGCUGAAGUUGAAGCUCGGUGAAGAGGGAGUUGUUGUGUGUAGACGCUUCAUAUGUGCAUGUGUAUUGUUACUGUUUCUGUUGUAUGCCAGUUUUUCUGUUGGUAUGCCAGUCAACAUAGCACCAUUCCAUUGUGCAACAGAGUGUUGUUUGUUAGAUUGUUGUCUUUGAGCUGAAGUACUUCAUACAGAAUGAAUAGAGUGGUUAGCUGGA